GAUUCUCCCUUUCUUUUCUGCAUCACUCCAAACCCUUCCCGGGGGUCCUUUCAUCAUCAAGCCCAGCGCUCUCGCCCGCCCACGCCGGGCUCGCUAAACGCCUUCCGGAGGACUUUGGGACAGCACAGCUGGCUGUCGGGUUUGGGGAGACCUUUGCGGAGACCCGUCUCUCGAGGGAGGAUACGCGUCAGUCAGCAGUGUCGUCUCAGACACGUCAAUGUCGACUCACUGCAUGUGGAGUCAGCCUUUAGCAGGAUCUCACUCGUAGGUCUCCCCAAACCAAUCAGGACUGCAUGGCUGUGACGACAGCUUGAGUUCCCCCCCUACGGUGCCUCAAAAAAAAAAAAAAAAAAAAAGACACUCAUGCUCCCUCCUUCCAGCCUGUGACCUCCAUAUGAGAUACCACAAGUCAGAGCAGAACUGGCCCGGACUUCCAGCGUCACGUCGUCAUAAAAAGGAGCUGCUAUCGCGGUCUCGGAGCUAGCUCGAGGGGUCGCGGCGUUGGUUUGCACUCACAGCCAUGCAGGUGUCCUUUGCGUGCACAGACCAUGGGCUGAAGGCCCCGCGCAACGGCGAGCACAGCAAGCAGAACACCACCAGCCCCAAGACCACCAGCCAGGCCCGGGCCCGCUUUCGCACCGUGGCCCUGAUCGCUCGCAGCCUGGGGUCCUUCACUCAUCGGUACCACCACAACCUCAAGGAGUCCACCGCCAAGCUCACCGGCAUGAAGUACCGGAAUCUUGGGAAAUCUGGCUUGCGUGUCUCCUGCCUGGGCCUUGGCACGUGGGUGACAUUCGGCGGUCAGAUCUCAGAUGAGGUGGCUGAGCAGCUGAUGACGAUUGCGUACGAAAGUGGGGUCAACCUUUUCGACACGGCGGAGGUGUAUUCCGGCGGAAAAGCAGAGAUAAUCUUGGGAAACAUCAUCAGGAAAAAGUGCUGGAGGCGUUCCAGUCUGGUGAUCACCACAAAACUCUACUGGGGAGGAAAGGCAGAGACAGAGAGAGGCCUCAACAGAAAACACAUCAUUGAAGGUUUAAAAGGCUCCCUCCAGAGGAUGCAGUUGGAGUACGUCGAUGUGGUUUUCGCCAACCGACCGGACAACAACACUCCAAUGGAGGAGAUUGUACGAGCCAUGACCCAUGUUAUCAACCAGGGAAUGUCCAUGUACUGGGGGACGUCACGGUGGUCUGCCAUGGAGAUCAUGGAAGCCUACUCAGUGGCCAGGCAGUUCAAUCUUAUUCCACCAGUCUGCGAGCAGGCCGAAUAUCAUUUUUUCCAGAGGGACAAAGUGGAAACACAGCUGCCAGAGCUCUACCACAAAAUUGGUGUAGGUGUGGUCUCUUGGUCUCCUUUGGCCUGCGGCAUCAUCACCGGGAAAUAUGACGACGGCGUGCCGGAGUCGUCAAGGGCUUCCAUGAAGCCGUACCAGUGGUUGAGGGAGAAAAUAAUGAGUGAGGAUGGACGAAAACAGCAAGCCAAGCUGAAAGAGUUGGCUCAUAUAGCGGAGAAGCUCAGUUGUACGUUACCCCAACUUGCUAUAGCGUGGUGCCUGAGGAAUGAAGGUGUGAGCUCGGUACUGUUGGGAUCUUCGAAUCCAAGCCAGCUAACGGAGAAUCUCGGUGCAAUUCAGGUGAUUCCAAAGAUGACAGCGGGCAUCGCCUCGGAAGUGGAUCAUAUACUGGGGAAUCGUCCACACAACAAAAAGGACUACCACCAUUAGGACGACCUCACAAACUGUCCUCUGAAAGUUGUAUCAAACCUCACACUCACAGCCAUGGCGCGACAAUUUGUGCCCAAGUUUGCUCGUGUGACCCCGUGUGUGACUGUGCAAAGUGAUCUGCUUGGCUCUCCAGUCAGGUGUCAUUAUCAUUACGUCAGAUCCUUGGCAUAGAAUGCAUGCUUACGACCACGGCAGCCAGCAGAUGCAACAGUGAGAAGAUCCAACAAGAUCGCUGCUGGUAUGGAAUCAUCCCCCCCUCCACUCCCCCCUGUCAGCUAUGUGUGCAAUAUUCAAAGUUGAGUGGAGAAUAGUGCAAUCAAUUCUGAUUAAGGUGAGGAAAAUCAAGCAACAUCAUUGCCGCGCAGUGAUUAACUUAAGUUACAUCUAUUUUUUAAGAUAGAUUGAAUUUUGCCUCACUAGAUGUUUGUGUGGCAUAAGAAACAAUAUAUGUAUGUGAUAACCUGUGUAACUGGACCUGAUCUGGACUGACUCGAUCCCCCGUCGCAUUUCUUUUUGCAGCUCAAGCUGAAGCGUCAACGUGAUAAAACUGAGUUCAGCUAACAUGUUUUUCAAAACACCCGUGCUGUACUGAUUGUAAUGUGUUUUAAUUUAUGAGCAGCUUUAACCUUCCUCCAGAAAUAGCCUACUCUCCUAUUGUUUACCGUCACCUCUUUUUAGUUCAACUGUGGUUGUUUCGACAUUUUUCUUGUCAGGAUUGGAGCGAUGAUGAACCAAUAUAAGGAGCUUAGACCAACAAAGCCAUACAGGCCCAGCUAAUGAAAGCAUUACGCUAUACAAGCCUCUCUAGUUCAUUUCUUCCAGAAGCUAUUUUACUAAGUGGGUCUGUGUUUUCCUCUGUUCAUGUCUUUUUUUGGAAUGGUUCAUUUCAGUUGUACAAAGAAAUA